AUGGCCGCGGACAACCACCACGUUGAUACGCAGUACCCCUCCGCCAGCCUGCCCAGAAACAAUUCAAUUACAAGACAUGGAUUCAAAAUUUCAGCCCAAAAACUCCCAAUCCUCAAAGCGGGCCCAAUCGAUGAGAUGACCACCAAACUUGGGAUUGCUCCUCCUGAGAUGAUAUUUGGCGACAACCAUAUCACGAUUGAGCACCAGCCCUCCGGAUGGAAACUGGAUUUCAACGCGCUCGAUGCUUUAGAUCGCGUGGAUAAAACUGGUGAGACAAUGCUUAAAGUCGCGUACUCGAAGGAAUGGCAACAGAGCAGAGAAAACACACAUCAAGGAAUUAAAGAAGUAGUCAAACCGUUUGAUUGGUCCUAUAGCACCGAUUACAAGGGCUCCCUCUCUCCUGACGCAAAACCAUUUGAACCAUCCUCAUCACCUAUUCCUAUUGAGCUCUUAAAGCGACCAGAUCCAAUCCUCUUUUUUGAUGAGGUUAUGCUCUAUGAAGAUGAGCUAGCCGAUAAUGGCAUUGCUAUGUUGUCGUGCAAAAUCCGAGUUAUGCCUUCUCGACUUUUGCUUCUGUCCCGGUUUUUCAUGCGGCUGGAUAAUGUCCUCUUUCGACUGCGGGACACGAGAGUAUAUGUGGAUUUUGAAACAGGAGAGGUUAUUCGAGAGUAUCAGUCUAAGGAAGAAGAGUAUGACAAGGUGCGACAGACACGAGCUUGGAGCAUGUUUUCGUUUGCAGCUGAAGCAAAUAGCCUUACUCUCCUCUCUCGCUCUGUUGAACUGAAUCGAUUCAUCAUGAUGUAUGAUAUACUGUGA